AAAUUUGGAUUUUUUUCUUCUGCGAGGUUUAGGUAACCUCGUAAGAGAGAAGAAUCCCACAAUUCCAUUUCUAAAAAAAUUCAGAAUUUUCUUUCUUUCUCAAAUUUAUAAGUACUUUUCUUAUUCAUAUCAAAUUAUUCACCUGCUUCAUUAUUUUCUAAAGUUAACAUUUUUAUUAUAUAGUUUUAAAAAAUGGAGAUACAUUCACCGGUUGCAGCCAAAAGACUAUGGAAUGUGUUGAGGAUCACAUUCUUUAUGAUGAGAAAGUGUCUUGUUUCAAAGAGAAAGAUGAUUAUGGAUAUGAAUUUGAUGAUGAAGAAAGGAAAAGUGUUGCGAAAAUCUUUGAGCAAUCUCAUGUCAUCACAUAAUCGUCACCACCAUCAUUCGUCAAGAAAUUAUGGUGGUAAAUUUAUGGUCCAUGAUUAUGAAUUUUCUUGUAGCAAUAGUCCAAAUCCCCUUUUUUUCAACAUGUCAAAACAUAAGCACCAAUUUACUUUCCCUUGUAUUAAUGCUCCUGAGGUUAUUGAAGAGGAACAUUUACCUUGUCAAUAUCAAUUGUCACCACUCGAAUUUGAAAUGGAAAAUGUGUCCAAGAGUAGUGUGACUAUGGUGUCUAAGACUCCUGAAUACACAUUCAAUUUUAGGUUUGAUUCAUCUAAAGAGAGGAAAUGCCCACUUCUCUCUCCUUUUUCUGUAAGAAUCUCUAAUUACUCUGCAUUGGAAGAAAAUGAAGAGAUUGGAAAUGGUCAAGUUGAUGAUGAGGCUGAAGAUUUCAUCAAAAAGUUUUAUGAACAACUAAAGGCACAGAGCCAUGUACAAUUACCUGGAUUUUAAAAACAAGUUUGAGGCUGAAAUUUGAACUAUGACAUCAAGGAUCGCCACAUUAGACGAGCCGAAUAUCAUCGGAAUGAUGUCCAUAUUAUUAAUGAUCGUAACUAUUAUUUUGACUGCGAUUUAAAACCAUGUGAAAUUGGUGAUUACAAUGAUCCAAGAGAUGUAUUGAGAAAUUGAAUAUAUUACAUAUCCUAUCCUAUCCUAUUUAUAUAAUUACUGAAUGAUGAUCAUUGAUCAUUGUAAAAUUUUCCAUUUUCUUUAAUUUUCUGCAUGUCUUAAUGUACUUUAUUUGGAUUGGAUGAAAUGGAUGGAAGUCUAUAAUGUACUUUCUGCUCCAUCUUAUUGAGCUAGACCUUGGAACUGCAAGAAAUU